AUGACCCGGCCCGACCUGCCUGCUGGCCUCGGGGGCUGGCAGUGUGUGGACGCCACGCCCCAGGAGAACAGCGACGGGUAUUACCGCUGCGGCCCUGCAUCGGUUGCUGCCGUGAAGCAGGGUCACGUGUACUACCCAUACGACACGCCCUUUGUCUUUGCAGAGGUGAAUAGUGAUGUGAUCCACAAAACCGUGGACAAGUACGGUGGUGAGAAAGUCUUCCUCGUGGAGAAAGACCGUGUGGGCCUUGCCCUUCUUACCAAGGCUGUGGGCUCCAACGCCAUUGACGACAUCACCCACACCUACAAGCACCCUGAGGGUUCCGCUCGUGACGAGCAGGCCAUGGAUGAGGCUGAGAGCUUUGGCCUGAGUCGGGACCACUCUGAGACUGGGGCGGCCGUCCUCGUCCUCACCAUAAAUACUGAACAGUCGGUGCUGAAGGGUGAUGACGUGGACCUGGAGCUUGUGUUCACCAACCAGGGAGACGCGGAUGCAGUGUUCACCGGCUCUCUGAAGGGCUCAGUGGUCUUCUACACUGGGGUUGCGUACAGCAGCUUCUACAAGCAGCGCUUUCAGGUCACGAUUUCCCCGGGGGGAGUGGAGACCAGGAUGGUGAAGGUCUCCGGAGACCAAUACAUGCGUUACCUUGGAAACCAGAGCUCCCUGCUGUUCAUACUGACGGGAAAGUCCGGGGGUACCUCACUGAGUGCCAGAACAGGCGUCACACUGGCGACCCAGACACUGCUAUUCAAAAUUGGUGGGAUCGCAGAGUAUGGCCAAGGUAUGUCUGUGGAGGUUUCCUUUGUCAACCCCUACGGCUACAAACUGACCAACGUGGGCAUCGGCAUGGAGGGGAGCGGACUCUUCAGCUACCAGAGCAACAACAUUGGUUCCGUCGAGGCCUAUGGUACUAUGACCUGGAAAGUGUAUUUCAAGCCUUGGAGUACUGGAACAAGAUACAUCAUCGCUCUCAUGAACUGCGAGGAGCUCCCAGAGGUGUGGGGCAUGGACUCCAUCUACAUCAAUCCCCCCCCCAUGGCAGGAGCCUAGCCCAGCGGCCCACGAGCCAGCGCUUCUCUGCCAAGCCUUCACCAAACACCAUCAACCACUGUUGACGUGGGUUGGGAAAACUUGGUGAUUGGUUUAAAUUGAUUCCUUUACUUCUUGCACUUACACAACAUAGAGUCCGAUCUGGUCCUUUUUUUUUUUGUGUACCCACAGUGAUCAGAUUCAAAGUAUUUCGAUGAUAUUACUACACUGUUAUUUAACAGUUAUCUCUGAUCUCUUUUAUAAAUAUGUUAAUCAAUAAAUGAAUAAUUUGUUAUUUGUACUUCCAACCGUUGCUUUUCUGUAACUCUCCAACUGUUCCUGUUUAUUCAUUAUAACUUGAAAGAAAGAGACCAUUUACUUUAACUGGACUGAAAUAUAUUUCAUCAAACUGUAUCCUGUUUGAGAAGUAUCGCCAUGAAUGAAUUGAUCUACCAUGAGAGUCUUGGUUUUUUGCUGUUAUACGAAACUCUGUGUUUAGGGCUUUCAUCUGUACUCUGCAAAAAAUAAUAUUGAAUCUAUGCGUUGCAAACUACUUACAAUAAAGCAUCAU